UGGUCAGUCAGCACUCCCCCUUCCCUCCCUCUCUCUCUAUGAACGGACAUUUUUGCAAUUCCAGCUGUCGUGCAAAGACCCAAACAAGCUCACCGUAGCGACAGGAAAUCAACCUCACGUUUUUCUAAAAAGGAAUCAAGAUGUUUUACACGUGUGGACCAAAUGAGGCUAUGGUGGUAUCUGGCUUUGGCCGUUCUCCGCCUCUCAUGAUUGCCGGUGGAAGAGUGUUUGUCUUCCCCUGUAUUCAGCAGAUCCAGAGAAUCACACUGAACACCCUGACUCUAAAUGUGAAGAGUGACAAAGUCUACACGCGCCACGGCGUCCCUAUUUCUGUCACUGGCAUCGCACAGGUGAAGAUCCAGGGUCAAAACAAGGAAAUGUUGGCCACCGCCUGUCAGAUGUUCAUGGGCAAGUCUGAGGCAGAAGUUGCUCAGAUUGCACUGGAGACACUGGAGGGACAUCAGAGAGCCAUCAUUGCCCAUUUGACAGUAGAGGAGAUCUAUCAGGACCGCAAGAAGUUCUCUGAACAGGUCUUUAAAGUGGCCUCCUCUGACCUGGUCAACAUGGGCAUUGGAGUUGUCAGCUACACCCUGAAAGAUGUUCAUGAUGACCAGGACUACCUUCACUCUCUGGGUAAAGCCCGCACAGCCCAGGUGCAGAAAGAUGCCAGAAUUGGAGAAGCUCAAUACAAACGUGAUGCUGUUAUCAGGGAGGCCCAUGCAAUGCAGGAGAAGGUGUCCGCUCAGUACAAGAAUGAGAUUGAAAUGGCAAAAGCCCAGAGAGACUAUGAACUGAAGAAAGCGGCGUAUGACAUGGAGGUCAACUCCAAGAAGGCUGAGUCAGAAAUGGCCUACCAGCUGCAGGUGGCCAAGACCAAGCAGCGCAUUGAGGAGGAGAAUAUGCAGGUCCAGGUUGUGGAGCGCACGCAGCAGAUUACUCUGCAGGAGCAGGAGAUCACCCGCAAAGAGAAGGAGCUGGAGGCCAAAGUUAAGAAGCCUGCAGAGGCUGAGAAGUACCGCCUGGAGAAGCUGGCUGAGGCAUACCGCCUGCAGCUCAUCAUGGAGGCAGAGGCCGAAGCGGAGUCCAUCAAGGUGAGACCUCCCAGCCUACUUCUUCGUUCAUUCCACAUCGUGCCACGCUGUUACUGUGAUCCUAACUGGGCCGUGUUCUCGCUCGCGCAGAUAAAGGGUGAAGCAGAGGCUUUUGCUGUGGAGGCCAAGGGCCGUGCUGAAGCUGAGCAGAUGGCCAAAAAGGCCGACGCCUUCAAGCAGUAUAAGGAGGGAGCUAUGGUGGACAUGCUGCUGGAGAAGCUCCCUCUGAUGGCAGAGGAGAUAAGCAGGCCCCUGUGCGAGGCCCAGAAGAUCACCAUGGUGUCCAGUGGCGGCUCAGAGGUGGGAGCAGCCAAACUUGCCGGAGAGGUCCUCGACAUCAUGACCCGGCUGCCGGCUGCGGUGGAGAAGCUCACCGGAGUCGACAUCUCACAGGUUACUGGAAAGACCACCCGGGUGCAUUAAGAAGGAUCCACGUUUUUCUGUAAUCAUCAGGAGAGUCCACCGUGUUUAGAGCCCCACAUCAUCUUCUUCUGUCUUUAACCACGCUGUUGACCCUGUUUCACUGUGUGUGCGUGCAUGUAUGUGUUUCACUUGCACUCCUCCUCCACCUAAAGGUUCAGUUUGUUCACUCAUCCUUCAUGUGGGUUAGCUGGUUCUCAUCUGUGCAGUUGCUCUUGGCUGUUAGUCACCACAGAAAGAAAUGCAAGGAAAUGACAACCGACAGGCUUCCUUUUGUCUGUGUGAAACAAAAGACACAAUCCACUUAAACUUGUCAGCUUAAGUUAAAAUGAUAAGAUCCGUCUUUGUCCUUUUAUAAUAUUGUACUUGAUUUUCUGUACGCAAUUUUUUUUACCGUACUCCUGUGGCUCUCAUUGUCCAUGCAAAGGGACUGAAUCACCUAACAGUCUCUUUUCUGAAGAAAUUUCUGCUCCUUUACAUGUUCUGUGCCUUCAGAUUCAGGAAAUAAUGCAAAGCAAGUUCAGGUAGCUUGAGUCUGCUGCUACACGUAAUGAACUACUGAAAUCACUUCUAUAAAUAUAUAUCUAUGUAUAUAUAGGUAUAUACAUUUUGAAUGAACAUUUCUACAAUGGAACAGGUUUUGUUUCUGUCAUCAGAUGCUCUGAGGCCUCCUUUACCUCCUACAGCAGCCCAGAACAGACAGACUAAAUACCAACAGGGAAGACCGUUGAGGGUUGUAACCAUAUCCAGUAAAGGGAAAAGGAGAGUGCAAGACUUUUAGCUGGCUGCACUGUGCAACUAUUUUUUGCUAAUUUCUCUAAAUUCUACACACAGCUCCUUUGUUAUGGUGGCACAAACAGCCACCAGCUGUCAGGCCUCUCCACAAAUGACCUGUCCACACCACAAAAUUGGCCCCCAAAUUUACUGAUUGAUUUAUUUCUGAGGCUUAUCGCACAAUCACUUUAUUUUGUGUACGGAGACAUUGUUACCACCAUCCUCAUUUUGCAUGCACUGAGCUUCAUGUCUGACUCACUUUGUCCGCUGGUUUGUUAGAAUAACAGUACGGAAUGACACUUGAUUGCAUCAGAACAGUCAGGAACUGAGGAGAGGUAGUGGUUGAUAGGGUGUCUUGAGGGUUUCAAAUUGAAAGUAAGGAAAGUAUCUUCAGGUGGGUAAAGCAGUGUUUGAUUCUUUACAGCGAUGUCGUCUUUGUUCUUUAAUUUCAUUCAUUACUUUUCAGUUAGUAAUAAAGGAGGACCAUCACUAUAUAGUCAGCUUACUAACCAAGCUGCUGCUUUUACUGUGCACCCCUGCCUCUAAAUGUUUUCUUUUGCUUCAGUUAUUUUUUAUGCUUGUGAGAUGUUGAUUAUUUUAGCUCUUGUAAAACUGCACUUGUAGUUGUAGGACGUGCUAUGGAAACAGUACCUCUAGAGAAGAAUUGAUUUUCUUUUUCACACCAUCUUUCCAAAGUUGCAACUCUUUCAAGCCUUAUGCAUUUCUUUCUUUUUUUUAACCACCAAGUGCCUGGUUAAACUCAAACAGCUUUCUGCCGAUUUAAGAAAACUUCUUUCAGGGAAUAUAUUCUCAUGUCCAGUUAUUCUUAAGCCAUAGGCUGUCUUUAUUGAUAGCUGUAGAUGAAAGCCAAAUUAAUCUCGACUUAUUUUAUCUGCUCUUGUUAAAAAUAUUUGAAAAACAUUUGUUGCAUGACUUUUCUGUGUUAAUAUCAAGUAGCCCCUAUGUAGUGUGGAGGUGCUUGGAUCAAAUAUAGGAAAUGAUCUGUUGUAAACUGACAAUAAAAGAUGUUUUAUUAACAGUAAACAA